GCUCGACGGUCGUUUCUACAUCCUCAGUCAGGGCCGUUAAUGGAUGUCGGAGCGCAUCAAGCGGCGUGUAGAGAUAAACAUGGAGCGAAAUGUUGGGUCGCUUCAGGAGCAGGCUCUGAAGAGAAAAGAGAGGCUGAGAGCCAUCAGAGACAAACAACUUUACGGGCGAGAGCAGGAAGAUGGGGAACCAGAGAACAAAAAGGCGUCACUAGAGGAGCCUACUGAAGGAAAGCACAGAGAGCUGAAGCUGAGGAAUUAUACUCCAGAGGAUGAAGAGCUGAAGGAGAGGCAGGUGCCCAAAGCCAAACCUGCAUCAGUGGAGGAUAAAGUAAGAGAUCAGUUAGAGGCAGCUAAUCCAGAGCCCAUCAUUGAAGAAGUGGAUUUGGCCAACCUCGCCCCAAGAAAACCAGACUGGGAUCUAAAGCGUGAUGUGGCAAAGAAACUGGAGAAGUUGGAGAGGCGAACACAGAGAGCCAUCGCCGAGCUCAUCCGGGAUCGUCUCCGAGGCAGCGAGGAGGAGUUGGCCGAAGCGGUGGGAGCAGUAGGAAUGGAGGAGGGAGACUCUGACUGAAUCCAGGAUGUGACGGGUAAAUAAAAGGAGACGACAAGAGGAAUGGCCUCAGUUUACUGGGACUGUGUUGUCACAUCUGAGUUGUGCUCAAAGAGACGGACACUUUUCAUCACUGCAGGGAGUAAAAUAAUGUCAGGUCUUCAUAUUUCGUAGUGAGUCCUGCUUCAUUGCAUUAUUACAUAUGAUUAUGUAGUAGUACAUUCUGUGUGUGUGGUUUAUUGAUGUGCAUUUGUAAUGUAACAUCAAUAUCUUGUUGUAAUUUUUAUAUUUUCAAGUAAAAUAUUGUGAUUUUUUUCAAUUAUUA